AUGAUGGUGCCUAUGAACUCGCUAUAUAUGCCCCUUAGGGCAUCACUAAGAGCAACCCCCCGAGCUAAAUCAGCGAUUGGGCCGGCAAUCAGAGCAGCAACCGCUUUCCCCCACCAACGACCUAGCUGGGUACCUGUACGAAGAGUAUCAACAGAUUCCUCCAAAAGCUCCAACAUUCGCAAAGCAAGCAAUGCCCCGCUCGCAAUUGCUAUCGGAGUCGUUGCUUCUGUUGCCCUGGGCGCCGUCCUCAUUGCACGGGGUAGAAAAGGAACACCAGAGCAUUUCAUUUCCGUGAAGUCAAGCACAGGGGUCGAUCUCUUUGCGGAAACGUCGGGUGAUUAUUCCAAACUUCCCAAAGAGGCUGCAGUUUUUACCACAGCACCACAUGUUCCACCACCGAUUACGCGAGAUUACCCUGUGCUUCUCCAGGUUCCGCUGACCACCACAACGAAAAUGACCCAGCUGUCCAGCCAAUAUAAAUAUGAACAAUGGACCUUUAAUGACACUGUUCCUGGUCCGUUCAUACGGGCACGAGUAGGUGACGUGGUGGAAUUGACCCUAACCAACCGCGAUGCAACGGGCAACCCGCAUAAUAUCGACUGUCAUGCAUUUACGGGACCGGGCGGAGGCGCGGCACUCACUACCGCUGAAGAGAACGAAAGCAAGACCGGGGCGUUCAAGCUUUUACAUCCUGGCCUCUACUUGUAUCACUGCGCGGCAGCCCCUGUCCCAGUACACAUUGCCAACGGUAUGUAUGGGCUCAUCUACGUCCAGCCGGAAGAAGGCGGCCUACCCCCGGUCGAUCAUGAGUAUUAUGUGAUGCAGAGCGAGUUCUACCAUGAGCCACCAGAAGUAAUGGAGAACGGCAAACGCUCCUCCGUGGUAGAAUUCUCCUACCCCAACGCACUGGAUGAGAACCCCAGCUUGGUUGUCUUCAACGGAAGCGAGUCGGCAUUGACCCGAGACCAGCCUCUGAAGGCGAAAGUUGGAGAGACAGUACGAAUAUUCUUCGGAAAUGCCGGGCCAAACUUGACCAGUGCGUUCCAUGUCAUCGGCACUACAUUUUCUAAGCUGUACCGUGAUGGCGACGUGGUAAGUCCGCCUGGAAACUGGGUGGCCACCGCCAGUGUUCCUCCGGGCGGUUCUACCAUCGUGGACAUGAAGAUGGCGGUGCCUGGAACAUACACAAUUGUGGACCAUGCCAUCUUCCGUCUAGACAAGGGCGCUGUUGGCUAUUUGAACGUUUCUGGAAAGCAGCGGCCAGACAUUUACCAGAGUGCUGCACCACCUGCUCCAUGCGUUGGAUGCAAGCUGCAUCCUUGA